CUCUAGAUUGUAGUAAAAGCCGCUCGUUUCUUGCUUAACCAAUACUUCACCAACUACUUUUCUGUUUCAAAGAAACCGUUUAUUUUUAAGGAACAGAGGGCGCCUUUGCUUUUUUCCCAGGUUCCCUGUGGAGUGACAAUGGCUAAUGUAAUAAUACUGAACAUGGCGAUAGCUCUGGUUGUAAUAAUGGCACCCAGCCUUGGACCGAAAUGGGUUGUUGCAUCACAACUGCAUCAUCACGUGGUCGGAAACGACCGGGGGUGGGACCCUUCCUCUGACAUCGCUACCUGGUCGUCCGGUCGGAGCUUCAGGGUUGGAGACAAAAUCUGGUUCGCCUACUCUGCAGCGCAGGAGAGCAUCGUGGAGCUCGAGAGCAAGGAUGAAUACGAGUCGUGCGAUGUGAGGAAUCCCAUUAGGAUGUAUACGUACGGCUUAGAGGGCAUCGAUUUGGUUGAGGAAGGGAUUCGAUACUUCGUCAGCAGCAAGCCUGAGAGCUGCAGAAAGGGUCUGAAGCUACACGUGGAGGUGAUGCCUUUAAGUAACCCCGACACCGAAAUGCCCAGAGUCACAGCGGCAGCGGUGGACAACUCAAUUUUGACCACCACCGUGGCGGACGCCAUUGCACCGACAACCCCUUCUGGAUCGGUCCAGCUUUAUGGAAACUUCAUGUUGUUAUUCGUUGCUGUAUGGCUUUGCAGUUGUAUGGCCUUUUAGAUAUGAUUUUUGGCAGUA